CUUUAACAGCAAUCUGUGAUGCCAGAGACUGGCAGUAGCAGCGGCGGAAGGAAAGGAUCUGAGCAACCUCCUCUUGGUCUUGGAUCAGAGGUAGAGUCAGCGGUCGGUACAUCUAGUGGUGCUGAGGUGGAAGGUCAGAAGGAUGUCGAUUUACUUGACAACAAAGCUGGUGGUCAAGGAGUUGGGGACAGUGAGUUGCUUGAGGCCGUGUCAGAAGCCAUAUGGCAUGUGUGUCUCCUGCCUGACCAUGUGACCGCCGUCAAGGAUCUUAACUCCGUGCCCAUCUUGGUGGCUCUCCUGCAGCACAACGAUGAGAAGGUUCUCACAAACGUUGUUGGUGCAUUGGGUGAACUAGCAGGAGAUCCAGAGUGUUGCCUGUUGUUACUUCGUGGAGGUGGCGUCACAACCCUCAUUCAGUUACUUCGUCGAACAUCAGACAAACUUCUUCUCAACGUAACCCAUGCCCUUGGCUCAUGUGCAGCUGAUGAGGAUGCACUGGAGGCUCUUCUAAACCAAGAUGGUUUACGGCUCCUUUGGUCUCACCUGAAGAAUCCUAAUUGUCGUAUUCAAGCAUCAGCAGCUAAUGCAAUAUGCACUUGUCUGCAACAAGAGAGCGAAGGUCUAGCUGAAGUAGUGAGGAGCCUGGUUGGAGGAAUAGAGCUCCUGGUAUCCUUACUUGAAAGCGAGAGCGAAUCAGUUUUGUCGGCGGUCUGUGCUGCUAUCGCCAGAAUUGCCAGGGACCCGCAGAACCUUGCUAUCAUGACGGACUACGGGGCAGUCACUUCACUCUCUCGCCUGGCUGUCAGGGUAGGUAGCUUUCCUUUUGUCCGUAAAUAAUAUGGUUAGCUAUUUGUUAUGAAAGAGAGAGAGAGAGAG